AUGUCAGGCACAAACGAUCAGACGCACAAGGACGGCAACACGAAGUGGGCCUCAUCAGACGGAGAGUUCCGCCGCCAGACCUCUUCCUUUCGCAGCCUUGUCCAGCCCAACUCGCCUCACCCGCCGGCGCGUAACAGGUACAAGCUCUUCGUGGCCCUCGCCUGCCCCUGGGCCCAUCGAGCCCUCAUCGUCCGCAAGCUCAAAGGCAUCGAUAAAGUCUCCGACCUCCUGCCGGUGUACGUAGUUGACUCUCUCCUCGGUCCAGAGGGGUGGUCAUGGAAGCCCUACGGCGAGACGCAUGACGAGCUCAAGGGGUUGGGCGUGCCCGGAACAGGUCCUCCUCCUGGGCAUGAGGAUAAGGUCAGGAUUAAGGACUUCUACCUCCAAGCGGACCCGCAGUAUGGCGCCCGCUCGACUGUGCCUGUCUUGUGGGACGAGGAAAAGAAGACGAUUGUUAGCAACGAGAGUAGCGAGUUGAUUCGCAACCUCAAUGAGGCUUUUGACGAGUUUGUGCCGGAAGAGUACAGGGGCAAGACGUACUAUCCUCAAGAACUCAGAAAGGAGAUUGACGAAGUCAAUGAAUGGGUGUAUAGCGAUGUCAACAACGGCGUCUACAAGACCGGAUUCGCGACGACGCAACAAGCUUACGAGAACAAUUUCGUUCCCCUCUUCAAGGCCCUCGACAAGCUAGAGGCCAUGCUAGCCAAGAAGGGAUGCAAAGAUAGCAAGAAGCCAGUCUACCUAGUCGGUGAUCAGAUGACUGAAGCUGACAUCCGCCUCUACACUACCAUCGUCCGCUUCGAUCCCGUAUACCACACGCACUUCAAGUGCAACAAGCAUCAGAUCCGCGACGAAGCCGUCUACCCGAAUCUGCACAAGUGGUUGCGCCACCUUUACUGGGGAGAUGAGGCUUUCAAGUCGACUACCGACUUUGAGAGCAUCAAGGCGCACUACUACCAGAGUCAUCCGGGCAACAACCCGCACAGGAUCGUGCCUAGUGGGCCGCUGCCUCACAUCAGAGGUUUGGAUGAGUAA